GCAAAAUAAAACCGUUAAUAUAGAAGAUACAAUUGUGCCUGUCUACAUAGAUUUAAACAUCAAGCCUGAAGAUCUCCUAGAGAGCAAAAUAUCUCUAGAAACCCCCCCGCAAAGACCAGGGAACAGUCAAGGAUUAAAUUAUUUGACAUCUCUAAUGAAUCAUCUUGGCUUUCGCAUUUUUGAAGUAUUGAGGGAUGUAAAUACAGAAGAUACUGUCCUUAUGUCUUACACCAACCUAUAUAGUUCAUUGGUGUCCUUUUAUCUAGGUACCUCCAAAAAUACUUCCUCUAACCUACAGGAAAUAUUAGGAUUUGUUGACCCAUCAGGUGAUAAAAACUGUUUGUCUAAAGUGGAUGGCUUUAAAGUAAUUUCCGCACUCAGAGCUAUUGACAAUCUCCUUUCAGAAGAUGCUAAUAUUGAUGCACUCAAGAUACUAUGUAUGUUUGUUGCAAAAGGUGUCCCAAUAUCUCAACAAUUUGUAGAAAAUUUGAUUCUAUCAGCAGAUAGUAUUUAUUUGGCAUCGAUCGGUUUUAAAAAUCGUCUUAAUGCUGCAGAUGUAAUCAAUGAAUUCCUAGAAGUUCAGUCUUCAAAAAAAAGUAAAUAUAUAUUGAAAGACAUAGAUGCCUCUGCUAACUUACUGUUUACAAGCCACAUGUAUUUUAAUGGUAAGAUGAAGAAUUCAAUUUCCAUACCUGAACUUCAAGACUUCUGGAUAGAGCCUUACAAGAAAAUAUCUGUACCUAUGAUGUCGGGGUCUGGAAUGUUUCAAUAUAAAAUUGAUGACAGAGCCAAUCAACUUGUAUUAAGAAUUCCACUUGGUCAAAACAACUUCUUGUUGCUUAUCCAGCCAACCAAUGGAAACACAAUUGAAAAUAUAAAAUCUUCCUUUACUUGGAAGUCUUAUUUGACAUUAUUAAAUAGAUUAUCAACCAGCUAUAUCACAAUAACUAUGCCAACCAUGGAAAUAGAAAGUGCUUAUGAUAUCCAAGACAUGCUUAGCAGAUUGGACCUGGCGUAUCUACUUGGAAAGAAUGCAAAUUUUGACAAAAUUAGCAACACAGAUUUAAAUGUUGGAAAGAUUAUAAAUAAAGUUUAAUUUAAACUGGAUGAUGAUGACUCAAAGAAAGUAGAAGAUCUCUCACUAGAUAAAGAGGCCCUACCCAAGGAAUUUAAACUGAACAACCCUUUCUUUCUUGCCGUCUUUGAAGGAACAACCAAGGCACUUUUGUUUGCUGGCAAAGUUAUAAACCCGGUGAAUGUGAAUUGAGCUUUAUAAAUUGUACA